AUGUCGACCUCUAUCAACCCAAGUCUGAAGGACGGUUAUGUGAAGCCAAUGUCGUCGAAAACUGACAUUCUUUCGCUGUUCGAAACAUCAAGUGUUGAAGACGAUGAGCUCUCUCCACCGCCCUCCAGCAUUAGUACUAGCCCUUCGGAAACUGUGACGACUACCAAUCUAUCUUAUUCCUUUGACACAUCGGAAGCCGAGAAAAGGAACUCUCCGUCGAGUAUCUUUCGUGAAAACAAAGGGCCAAGCCCACUGGAUCUACUAGACAAUCCAGCUACCUCUUUCAAUAAUGCAGAAGGCUUCGCACCAACGACCGUCAAGCGACGCAGCUCUAGCUCGAACGAUGAGACCAAGAAGCAACUCACGAGUGAUGCUGGCAGUUAUAAAUCCUCUGCAAGUUCGAAAUCAACAAACCAAGGGUCGAAGAAGAAGGUAAAGAAGCGAAUACCUGAUCCACCAGAUAUUUCGAAAUUCUUCAAUGAAGAAUCCACAAAGAAACCGCCAUCGACUCUGCAACAACGAAAGAGUCGAUCGCAAAAGUGGCAACCUACGCCUACAAAGAAGGUGAAGAAGACGUUCCCUGAUUCAGUAGACUUGCCGGCUGGAUAUCAUUCAACCCUUGGUGGCAACGGCCAGUCCUAUGAUAUUGAAGCUGUCAGGGCCCUUGUGGAGCAUGCACAAGCAAGUAUUGACCCAUCGGUGACUCUUUCAUUGGAACGAACACUGUAUGCGUCCCUCCAACAUUCCUGGUUGCUGGCCGUCGGCGGUGUGGGUCUCAUGUCGGUUGGAGAAAAUUUGAGAAUCCCCACCGACUUGGGCAUAGCACUAGUUGGAAUAUCCAUCUUAUCGGUUCUUGGCGCAUUGAUAAUGCAUUAUGUGCGACUCUUCCAAAUCAAAUCGGGGACAACCUUCAAAUUCUGGCAAACUGCACUAUUUACUUCUCUCUUCACACUUUGCAUUCUGGUGACACUGGCACUCGAACUAUACUACGGAAUCUUGUAUCCAUAUCUGCGCCGGACCUGGUCAGUUCAAGUUGAAAAUAUGCAAUCCGAUAUUAAUACAGAUGAAUAA